AUGAACUACUAUCAUAUUUGGAUUUUCAUCUGUAUAUCUAAUUGCAAGGAAUUAAAUCAUUCACAAAAGCAUUAUCUUAUUCCUUAUUAUGUUGCGAAAGUUUUAUCUGGUUACGAAUCGCGUUCAUCGAUUAGAAACGUGUCAGAUAAACCUGUAAUGGUAGAAUUUGUCAAACAAGGAAAUAGUGAAACAAUUCCAAGUACCAAUUUUAAAAUUCCAUUCAACACCGCUAUAUGGAUACCUAAUGAUUUAUUUCAAAAGAAUUUCUUAUCAAGUAAAAUCCAGUGGGAAUUUACUCCCACCGAAGAACCAAAUAUUUCAGAUGCACAAACAGGUUGCACUUUCCCAAACGGUACCAAUACUACUAGAUUAACAAACAGUGCAGAAAUACCAAACACUGGGAUGGUCAAAUCAAAUGAAAAUAUAUUACGACCAUUCAAUCAGUUAGCUCCAUUUUCUGUCGGUGGUGUUAUUAGCAAAAACAACUCCACUAAUAAUCACACUAAUAACGAUAAUGGAGAAACGAAGAUGAAUUAUGCAUAUACUAAAGAUCAAUUGGACCAGUUGAAGAGUGAAUUUAUUGAUUCAGAUUAUGCUUCAAGUAUGGACGAAGGUGGUAGCAGUAGUAAUCAUCAAAAAAAGAAAAGCUGCAAGUCAGAGUCAAAUAUCUUGUCUGAAGCAUUUCAUGAUUUUCAUUCAGAUAUUGCAAGUCGAUUUGUAGAGAGAAAAAGUUGUGAAGAUGAACGAAUUCGACGUCCUAUCAACGCUGAAGCCUGCAGAAUAUACAACCAGGUGAAAGAUGUUGCAACAUAUAUAGAUCCAGAACUGCAAUAUGGGAAAAUGUAUAUUAAAUGGGUUAAAGACCAAGUUAAGCCUAUGAAUCGUCCAGAAUGGCGGUACUGGGGGGCUAAGCCUAUACCACAACUAACUGCACCUCCAACGUUUGAACCUUUCAAAGAUACGGUUGCCUGGAGUAGGUCAGAUCGCUUAAAAACUACAGGUAAUAUUCUACGUCCGGAGAUUCACUUCAAUAAAUUUUCAUCUAAUCGAAAAUCAACUAAUCAUUACAAUUCAAGAAACGUAGGGUUGUGGUUGAUGGAUUCUUCACUUUCGAAUAAGGGUAUAUUGAAAAAGCAAUAUUCAAGUUGUUCUAGCUUACCGAGAUUAAACAAUAACCGAAAUGUUGAUAGUAGCAGUAGCAGUAAGGAUAUAAAUCGAAACACUAUGGACAGUAUUCGAAAUCCGAUGGAUUAUGACAGUGUGUGCCAUUCAUUACAUGAUAAUCAUGAGUUGCAUAUUCUUGGGUGUGACAAUCAAACUAAACGAGCCGAUUUUCCUGCAAGAAUUCGACCUAAAUUAAAUCUUCAUUAA